AUGGGAAAGUUCGUUAUUCUGUCGGCGCUACUGAUCACUGCAAUGGUGUUUGCGGAUUCCUGGGAUAACUGCAGCCGUCCCAUUGACGAUUUUGCACCUGCCAAAAAAUCUGAGUACGAAGUGAGUCAACCGGUUUUUCAAAGUAACUUUAUAUAGCGAGAUAUAUAGCGAGAAGAUCAAAAAAAUUUUCUUUAACUAUGUAUGUACGUAUAUGAGUGUCAUUUGGAACAGAAUAGUAAACUGAAACUGCGUUCCAAAUUUCAGCCCAUGUUGACUAUUUUGCGCGAAGUUAUACGUUUUGGCCAGAAUAAGGAACUUUUUCCCAAAAAUUAUUGAAAUUUACACUACCUAGCGUUCAAACCAGUGCCUUUCCGGCAAUUAGCCUCCAAUUUUUCAGUGGAUCAGCCGCACCGCAUUGGAGCUUUUCAAAAUGAACUUUACGCACUCCGAAGAUUUCGUUAUUGACGAAGUCUUGGACGCGGGACACAAAACCAAGCCGGAUAGCACCUCUGCCUACAGGGUCUCCAUGUUCCUCAACACCACCGAUCCCGACCGGAUGUUUCAGCGUCUCUGCACCAGACUGUAUAUAAAUUAUGUUUCCGACAAGGCGGUGGCGCAAGACAUCCUAGGUUGUUAAAUAAGAGUUUUUUACAGUUAGUUGGGAAACAAACUUUUAUAUGAAGGCUUUUUGCACGACAGUAACUCAGGGUAAAGAAAGCUAAUGCUAGUCAUAACUAAAAUCAGAAAAAGUGGAGAUACAUAUUGCAAGUCUUCGCCAAUUCUCCGCCGAGCCUCCGACGAGCCUUCGCCGAUCAUCCAACGGCUUUUCCAGGCCUUAUAGCAGCUGAAACGAAGCCACACGCUCAAGUCGCCAAGGGCUUUGCCGGCUUCUUCAAUGGCCUUACCGAUGAAAUCAAGAAGAUUCUGCUAAAACAAAUGGAUAACAUGGAUGAGACAAUGAAGAAGGUCCUUGAAAGAGCAAAGAAGUUGAAGUAA